AUGAACCGCUUUCCACUAAACUUUGGCAGUAAAGACGCUACAAAUAAUAUUACUGUUAAUAAACAAAAAAAAAUUACCAAUCUUUUCAACAAUGAUUCGGAAUCUCUUAGUGAAACUGUUAACAAAGUGGUCUAUGAUGGAACUUUGGUGUUUUCCACUGAUAAUACAAUCGAUACUAGUGAAGAACAACAAAAUUUGGUUAUACCAUGUAAAAAUAGAUUGAAUAAAAGUAGAAAAGGCUUGGAUUAUAUCAGUUCAACUAAAAAUGAUCAAGAAAAACCGCUGAUGCUACCUGAAGAUGACAUAGCCAGACAAGUUAUAUUGGAUGCUCAAAAAAAUGAUGAUCUUUUUGAAUACAAAAAGGAAAUGGUUGUGACAACUCCAAUUUUGAUGAGGAGUGGAAGUAUAAUUGGUGAAGAUAAGGCCGAUUAUGAACAUGUUCCAGUUGAAAGUUUUGGAUUGGCUAUGCUUAUGGGUAUGGGCUACGACCCAAAUAAACCAACAAAUGUAUCAUCUCCUGACGUUCUAUUAAAUAAACGUAGAAUUUAUGAUAAAGCAGGACUGGGUUCACAUGAUACAUUGCUAAAAAUUACACAACAAAUUGAUUCAGGUGAUAACAACUAUUCUAAGGCCACUAGUUCUUCCAAAGUUCGAGACGAUAUUAACGAUGUUGUAUGGGUUUCAAAAGGAUUGGUAGUGAAAAUUAUAGACCGUUGUGACAAAUAUUAUAAGCAUAAAGGCGAUGUGGUGGGGAUUGAUAAAUAUCUUGCUACCGUGAACUUUGAAGAUGGAAUGAGGAAGGGGUACAAAAUUAAGUAUUUGGAAACUGUUGUUAAGGAAGGAGAGGAUGCAAAAAUUGUGCUACCAACUUUGCAUCCAAUUAAUUCAUCGCAACUUUUAGGUAGAUAUGUAAAAGUUAUUAAAAAAGGCAGGUCUUCUGCUACUGUUGAAAUGUCUGGAAAAAAGUUUGAAUUGCCCUUGGAUAGCAUUUGUUAUUAUAAUUACAAACGGUAA